AUUUAGAGAAACGUGGCCAUAAAAAUAAGAACCAUAAAAAAAACCAUAAAAAUAACAAAUAUGAUAUUAAAAAAAUAUGCAAAGGGUUCAGAUUUAUAUAUCCUUAUGCACAAGAUGAUACGAACAACGAGCCCGUACAGAUUAAAAACGAUUCUACUAUUACAGUCAUGUGGGCGAAAGACCCAACGUCAGAAGUUGAUAUGUGUAUGGACUGUGAAAUGUUGAAGGAAAAAGAAGGACUUUUGGGUGUUGUAUGGCAAAAAGGAAUUGAUAUGAAACCCGGUUUUGCAGCUUCUCCUGUUCAUUUUUAUGUUGCUCCAGGAGUGUCACUUCCUCAUUCAGUUAUCCUCAGAGCUUUUG